AAAGGGUGGGGCUGCUUUUUGUCACAGAAAUGCCACUUCGAAGGUGUCUUACCUUUGCUUUCUGCAUUUUUAUCUCAUCUUUCUGCUCUAAAACAAGAGCUCAGUUAGAUUUGUUCUCAGUUUCUGCUCAGAAUGUCAGCUUUACUGUCAACACCUACACUCCACUGACAUGCACAGCAACAGUCAACUUGACUCUAUUGUCAGAUGAAACUUUACUUGUUAUCACUAUUGAGCACUCAACAAUACCCAUAAAAUCGGAGGCCUUUUCUCUAUUAGAGGAUUUUAACGAGGACAUUGAUGAAAAUGGCACCAUAUAUCAAGACUCUGCACAGAUAAAUGGAACCCUUGAUGUUUUUGAUGCAGGAGAGUAUGCAUGUACAGCCAGAAUAGGAAAUGAUAUUAAAAGGGUCUACUUUAAUGUUGCCACUUACAACUUUCAAUUGACUGUGGAGCCAUUGGAAGAUAAGAAUGUUUCCUUACAUGAGCCAGUUUUAUUUGAAUGUGUAUUCAAUCACAAUUUGGUCCAUAUAUCAUGGAGAAAGGACAACAAUCCUUUGACCAGCAUUAGUGGUAGAAUAAUGAUCACCACGUCAGGAGGACAAUCACUGCUGAGGAUUUUAAGCUCAAGCUUUGAUGAUAUGGGUACCUAUACGUGCUCUGGAAGAUUACUGGAAUAUACAAACAGCACAGAAGCAUUUCUUAUUAUUGACGAAUAUGUUCCUCUUUACAUAAACAGUGAGAGAUACAAUGAGUACAGUACAGUAAUGAGUAAUAGAAUUGGUGCAGUGAAUUGUGACAUUGAAGGAGUUCCAACGCCAACUUAUACCUGGAGCAAAGAGAGUCAAAUGAUUUCUAGCAUUAUAAGCUACACAGAACCUUAUGUAGCAGAAAAUGGAAGCCUGAUCAUUACAUAUGCUGGCCCUUCAAGCAAUGGGAACUAUACCUGCCAUGCAAGUCAAAGGUUAACUUUUAAUAUGACUACUCUCAGUCUUACAUAUAAUCUAAGCAUCGUUAUUGAAGAUGAGCCAAUUCAUUGGUACAUUUAUCUGAUAGCAGGAAUUGUAGGAAUUGCUAUAGUUUUAAUGAUCACAAUUGCUAUUUAUUUUGUAGUGGCCAACACUGAUAUUUUCAUAGACAGUGAAAAAAGAAGAAUGAAGAGGAUGGAAAAGAAAUGGAGGAAGCAACUGAAAAGUCAAGAAACUGCCGAUGAUGAAUUUGGAUUCUAUGCACCGACAAAUACAUAUGAUACCGAAGAACUGUGGAGAGACAAUGAACUAUUUGAAAUGACAAAUCAAAGCUCCAAUGAGCCAAUGGAGAGUCCAACAGUGUGCACCAGCAUUGAUGGCAUACAAGAUGGCGGUGGUGAUGAUGAUGAUGAUGAGGGCUAUCAAGGCACUUUCAUCAGGAAGCACACUCUACCAAGUAAAAAGGACAAACAACCAGAAACAAAGAGCACUACUCUCAUUGAUGCUGAAGUUGACGACUCUGACGAGAAUGAUUCGUUUGAUCAGGGAACUUUCAUCAGGAAAAAGACUCCACCAAGCAAAAGGAAUGAGACACCAUCAAAAGGUUCUUCAAGCAAACUACCAGUUGUUCCAUCACAAGAGACAACUGUCCCCUUAAAAGAUCCUACCACCCAAUCAGGUCCUGCAGUACAAAGAAACAUACCAUCAUCAAAAGAAGUUAAUGAGAAAGCAAAGCAAGAAGAUGAUGGGUCAUAUUAUACAGAGACGGUGUAUACACCUCCUCCAUUGUUAGACUAUGAAGAUGAUGAUGAUGAUGACAUAAUGAAAGAAGAGCUCACAAGAGCACUUUUUGGGAAGGACAAAGAAGACUCCUCUCCAGUUCCCAGCACACAUUCUGAUAGGAACAAGACAUCAAUGGGAGUAGAAGAAACAGAUGGAUGUGAAUCAGUCCCACAUACAGUAUCAAAAGAUGAAGUACGGGGCACCGAUGAAUCAGAAGCAGAAUCGAGUUACGACUUGGAAAAAAUAAUGGCCCAGCAUGCUGUGGCAACUAUGAAUCAACCAUGGCCUUUUAAACCACUGCUGUCAAGUGCAUCAGAUGCUGAGUCAGAUCAAGCCAUCAAGAGAACAGAUUCCUUUUCUAAACAACCUCAAAGAGAGGCUCACAGAAAAUCAUUUGAUAAAGACAGUCUUCAUGGCAAAUACCCUUCACCACCUCAAGGUCGUAGGAGGUCUCUCACUGAUAAACGUACAGCAGGUUCUUACGAAAAAGGUAAUCCUCGACUAGCACGAAGGAUGUCUCUUGAUGGAGGUCAGAGAAGGUCUUACACUGAAGACUUUCCAAGGAGCCAAAGCAUUUCUAAUAGACCUUUACUUGAUAGGCAUAUCUCUGAAGCACCUGUUAAAAAAUGGCCAGGGAGGGAUAAAAGGGAUGAUCAGUCUGAAGUAUUGUUGAAGAGAAGAUUAUCAGACUCACACAUACAGAGGAGGUCACAGGAAGCAAAGAAAAACUCUGAUGCCAACGAUCUGGCUCCUUUAGACACACUGAAGCUGAAAAAAGAAGCAGACAAGGAAAAAGAGAAAAAAGAAAAAGGAGCAAAGAAAAAAGGAAAGAGAAGCAAGGGUGCAAGCUCACUCGCCAAAGCGGACGUGUUUUAUUAAAAAUACCCUUUAAUUCACAUUGUACAGUAAAAACUUGUUUUAUUUAUUAUUAGUACUUAUUUAUUGUUAGUAAAAAUAGAUUGAAUGUUGGUGAAA